GAUGGGGGAGAAGAGGGCAGGUUAAGCGUUUUCCGCUGAUGUGAGCGAGGAUGAAGCGUAUAAAUUUAGAGCUGUGAUGUUCACUUUGAUUCUUGGUACCUGCUCUAAGACAACACACAGCAUCCCAACACAACAGGCCAUCAUGGAAGCUGCCAUCUGCACCCUUGUCUCCCAGUUCAAGACGUACGCUGGGAAAGACGGAGCCUCCAGCACCCUGAGCAAAGACGAGUUCCAAAAGCUGGUGACUGAUCAGCUGCCCAACUAUGUCAAGAACGCCAGCGACCCCAAGGCCAUUGAGGAACUCAUGGGCUCCCUGGAUGAGAACAACGACGGGGAGCUGACAUUCUACGAGUUCUGGCAGCUGAUUGGAAAGCUGGCGAGCAAACAGGGGGGCUUCACUCAGUAGAAAUGUUGGCUUUGAGCUUGAUUGUGCAACACCAUUCAAUCGACUCACAUCCCUUCCACACUGUUUCAUCACUCCACCAGUGCCACAUGUAUGACUAUUUGGUUAACCAUUUCUUGAAUGCAGGGAACUUUGAAUUAAAGCUGUCAUUGUCUUGAAACCUCAGCCACCAACACUGAA